GUAGUGAAGAUGCUAAAAUCUCUCAUUCACACCUUCCUUUGUCAGGAGACAGUAAUGACCCCCAGUUCCCCAGACCCAGAGACCUGGACCUGAUCCAGUCCACCCCACUAGAAAGCCUAUCUCUGAAGACCCCACCCAGAGUCCUGACCCUCAGUGAUCGGCCUCUUGACUUCCUGGAGGAGGAGGAAGAGGAGCAGCAGCAGCAGCAGCAGCAGCUGCGGCCACAAGCACGAGUACGUCGGGAACGAUCAGCCAGCGAGAACGCCUCGGCCCGUCACAACACUCAGAUGAUGCGCAGCGAUUCUGCAGCAGCGCGAACCCCUCCCCCCCUCCCACCGCCCACCCACCCUUUGCCCCCUCUCACCGCGGCCGAAGAGGAACACAACCUGUACAGCGCUAGCGGUGUUCUCUCUUUCCUCCAGUCCACGACACGCCGGGCCUACCAGCAGGUCCUGGAGGUCCUGGACGAAAACCCCAGCAGCAAACCAUCACUGCGAGGGGGGGCGGCCUCGAGCUCCAUCCCCCUGCAGGACUCCAGGCUUGCACUUUCAACACUUGACUCUUCAAUGGAUGCGGGCCCUGAUGACAUGACUGUGGUCGAUGCGACAACGCUGCGACGUCAGCUCAUCAAGUUGAACCGGAGACUUCAGCAUCUGGAGGAGGAGAACAAGGAGCGUGCGAAGCGAGAGAUGAUCCUGUACUCCGUCACCGUGGCUUUCUGGCUGGUCAACACCUGGGUGUGGUUGAGACGUUAGAGCUGCGUUCCCUCCGUCACCGAGACAGAAGAACGUACCAUCCCUUACUCUAUGUGUCAAAUAUUAGCUAUACUCGCUGCACUCAGUCCCUGUGUGAGGACAUCCCACAUGUACACGGCUUGCUCCACACAGGGCGUACUCUUUUUCUUUGAUUUGGUUUAUUUAAUACAUGUACAGUUUUAUUUUUUUACGCUUAUGUCAUCCUGUCCCAUGUUGUCCUAUGUUUUGUUUUUAUUACAAAUCUUCUCGCUCAACGCUAAAGCAUGACUUGUUGUAAAUAUUUGUCCGUGUCACCAAGAGAAAUAAGUCAUUCAGAAAAGCAUAGUUUACCAAAAUAUGUACAAUAGCGCUUCAGUGUGGGGGUGCAAACAUGUUGGAUAUUUAUUGGAAAGAGAGUAAUAUGUGACCUGAACUGGGAAAUGUAAAACAAUUUAGUAAAACCAUACGUAU